CAAUAGUCUCCGCCCCAUCGGUGGAACGAAGAAGCCAUUUUUGUUUCAUGUCUGAAAACCUUCGUUGACUACAAUUUGAUGCAUCUUUGGCUCUGUGAAGACACCUGAAGCCUUUAUGCAUCCCAUCUUUGGAUGGGUACCAUGAAUUGUGAAGAACCAAAUGUGGAGAGGGCUGUUCUCUCCUGGUCCAGAUUUGCUACAGCUGGUCAGACUGCCCUCAAAGAGGCCCUGAAAGUCUUCAAUCCCAUUUCCCAGGACCUCUCAGAGACCGAGAGGCAAAUGGUGUCUUUUCUUCAGGCAUUAAAAGAUGAAGGACGUAAACCAGUGGUGCUAAGAAGCAAAGAUGUAUAUGGAUACAGGUCUUGCACAACACAACCACUCACAACAGAGAUUGGCAGUAAGACUCUGAGAGUACAAAAACCUUGUAAGAAACGAGGUCGGAAGACUUUGAUAAAGAACAAGGAUACCAAUUCCUCAGUUUUUGGUGCGACCACCAAGGCCAUCUUACAAAACCAGCCCAAGAUUCUUCUGACCAAUCUCUCAGUAGAUACACUCAAGCAGACUGUUUCACCCAAACCAUCAGUGCCGAUUCCAAGUUCUGUGCAACAGUGCCUGAAAUUAACAAACAUAAAGGGUGUUACUGGUGGCCAUACUGCAAGGCUGCAAAUCCACUUUGGUGUGGACUCGCACAACACGAUCAGUUCCAGUGUUCACUGCCCACCAACUCUCUCUGGGAUACCACAUUCUCCUUCAGAAAACAUCACGCAAACAUCAAGUGUAGUAGCUUUGGACAAUAAAAGAGUUUUGUCCUGUCCACUUAAAGUGGAUGAUGCCCUCAUUGGAGAUUCUGCACCAAUUGUUUGUCAAAAUGGUAUUAGUCUAAAAGAGGGUAAAAAGGUCCAAAUAAUAUCAGGUAAAUCUGGUGUGAUAAAUGGUUUGAACUGUGAGGACAGUGAUUCAAUGAGGAGGCUGAACUGCCAAGGUUUAGGCUGGUCUCAGCCAGCGCUUGUCACAAAUGGCCAAGACAUGUCUGAACUGAGUGGAAAUAGUCUUCAGUGGAAAGUCAUCAAAGUGGACGAGUCUGUCACUGAUGAGGAGGUGAGGAAAGAGGCUCAGAAAAUCUUGCGAGUCAAUUUGUCCCCUGUGAUACAGAUCCAUCCACUUCUACACUCUGUAUAGACUUGAAAAAUCAAAGCUGACUUUUAUAUCCACAUAUACUAUUAGAAUUUCUUAUACUGGGACGUUCCUUGGAUCAAAACAUGAUUAUUUCAGUCUCUAAUUAUGCAUAUUUCACAUGUAUGACCAACUUUGGUGAUCCAAAGAGGGAAUUUAGUUUUAUUUUCUGUUACGUAAGUGUUUCUUUUAUUGGAAUUUUGCCUUGAAUUUGAUAAACUUAAGCUAAAAGAAAUAACCACAUCGUUUCACUAUGCAGUGUUGCCGUAUGUUCUUCCCCCAUUUUUUUUAAUAGGCUUCCUGAUCAACAGAAUUUACAAAUUAAUCAGAUUUAUAGUGUGACUCAAUAUAAGGUUGUUUUAGAGAGAUGAGACAUUUUUACAAUUUGUUGAUUUCGGUUUGCUAUUGUUUUUAAAAUGCCUUGGCUGUUUUUAAUUGUCCAUUGUAUUAGUCUGUAGGCACAGACUGUAUAAUGUUUAAGUUGUAAUGGUACAUGGGGGAAGGAUUAUGUUUAUUUCAUACUAGAGUUACAGACAUGCUUCAAACAUUCUUCAAACAUUAUCAAAAAAUAGGAAAUGAUUAUUUAUUAUAUAUUUUUUGUGUUGGUAUUCUUUCUGCUUUAACAGAGCUGUUUUAAUUCAAACAGCUAAUUGUCAAGCCCUCUUUGGAGCACAGAGAAAAAUCUAAUCUAAGGUCUUGCUUUAUAGAACUGAAGCUGUACCUUUUUUGGAAACUUGCCUGUAAUAAUGAAAGAAUAACAUUUAGUGAGAGCUUGCUGCUAAUUUGAAUCUUAAGUUAAUUACCAUAACUCUGCGACAAAGUUUCCUCUGAGACUCUGAUCAGUUCUCCUCCACCUUGUCUGCAUACACCAUAAGUUCCAAGUGUUGCUGCAGGUUGAAUUGGGAGAGUAUAUAGUAUACUCUCAUCUAUGAGAUCUGGAAAUAGUGCAGGCCUGGUCAGGAGUUGGCAGUGCAAGUUAAUCAGAAAUCCUUACCCCUUGUACCAUUUUAUAGACCAGGAGCACUAUUGUAGUUUAAUUGUAUUACAGGCAAAGAAUAUGGCCUUUACUUUUUUUCUUUUCUUUUUUUUUUUUUUUUUUUUUUUUUUAUGUGACCAAGUAUUUUAUUCUGUAGAUUUCACUCCAUUUUUAAAAUGAGACAACACUGGUAUUUUGGUGCUUCAAUGAUUCACUAGCAUCCACAGAUGUUAAAACUGCUGGCAUUGAUGGCUUUUAACUUUCCUUAACCAUAUUAAGGUACAUUCUUCUGGUUCCCGUUUUCAUGUCUUGUCUAAUGGCUGAUGACGGUAGUUGAGCUUGGCAUCUCCUUCAGCCUCCAGUCAGCAAAAUGUUUGGGCUUAAAAGCGAUUCUGUUCACUAUAACUUUGUGUCCUCCAUAUUGUCAUGGUGACAACCCACCAACCAAGCAACAAAGUUUUUAACCAAAAGAUACUGGCUACACUGCUCAUUUUGAGGUCGUAUAUACAUAUCUUUUUUCCUCUAAUGAUUCUCUAUAUUACAUAGCUUGAGCUUAGAUAUGGAUGUAUUUUUCAAAACUAUUGCAGUGUAUAUGUCAGCAAAUGUUCAUGAUUUUCUGCAGAAUUUAACUGUAAACUCUUAAAUACUGCAGUUCUUACAGAACUUAACCUGUGUACACAGUUAAAUCGUUUCAAAAGACCGUUCAGUCUUUUUUCUUGACUUUGUUAAUGGAAAAUUUUGUGUUGGGAGAAGGACAUUAUGCCGGAAGCCACAAAACACCUUUUUAAGGCUAUUUAAGUCUGCAACAGAAAUCAGUGCUGAGACAUCCAGAACAACUUCAUCUUUUAUUACUGACUAAUCUUAUUCAUUCAGUUGAAUCUGUGACCUUGAACUGUAAAAUGUCAGUGUUGUAUCUUUAGUUAAUAAGUUGUGAAUUAAAGUAUUUAAAAAUGA